UCCCCGCAGGGCCCCACUCCCUGCGGUAUUUCCUGACCGGGAUGACGGAUCCCGGCCCCGGGAUGCCUUGGUUCGUGAUCGUCGGGUACGUGGACGGCGAAGCCUCCGGGAACUACGACAGCGAGAGCCGCAGGGCGCGGCCCAUCGUGCCGUGGCUGCCGCAGGGGGAUUGGGAGCACUUGAUCGGGGAGACGAAGAAGGCGCGGGAUGGUGAGCUGGAUUUCUACGAGCGCCUGGACACGCUGCAGAAACGCUACAACACAAGCGGAGGGGCUCACACGCUGCAGAUGAUGUUCGGCUGCGAUCUCCUCGAGGACGGCGGCAUCCGGGGGUACAAUCAGUACGCGUACGAUGGGCGGGACUUCAUCGCCUUUGACAUGGAGAUGGGAACGAUCACAGCGGCCGAUGCAGUGGCAGAAAUCACCAAGAGGAGAUGGGAGGAGGAGGGGACGUACGUCGAGAGAUGGAAGCAUGAGCUGGGGAACGUCUGUGUUGAGAACUUGAAGACAUACGUGGAGUAUGGGAAGGCGGUGCUGGGAAGGAGAGAGCGUCCCGAGGUGCGAGUGUCGGGGAAGGAGGCCGACGGGAUCCUGACCUUGUCCUGCCGCGCUCACGGCUUCUACCCGCGGCCCAUCGCCAUCAGCUGGAUGAAGGACGGCGCGGUGCGGGACCAGGACACGCACUGGGGGGGCAUCGUGCCCAACGGCGACGGCACCUACCACGCCUGGGCCGCCAUCGAGGCGCUGCCGGGGGACGGGGACAAGUACCGGUGCCGCGUGGAGCAUGCCAGCCUGGGCCAGCCCGGCCUCUACUCGUGGGAGCCGCGGCCCAACCUGAUGUCCGCGGUGGCGGGGGUGGUCGUUGCCGUCGUGGCCAUUAUCGCUGGAAUCGUCGGGUUCGUGGUGUGGAAGAGCAAGUCAGGGAAGGGGCAGCAGGGUUACAGAGCGGCGCCAGGCCUCGACGGGGGAAGUGGCGGCUCGACCACAGGGAGCGAACGUUCCACCUGAGCGCUGCGCUUGCUUCAGCCGGCCCCGCGUGCCGGUGGGGUUUGUGGACGGGCGUAGCUCCGCUUCCUCAGCCUCUGGAAUCUCCUUGGGCUUCCGCUCAGCAGGGGGUUGGAACGGGAUGAUGGUGGAGGUCCUGGUCAGGCCAGGCCGUUCUAUGUUUUCGUGACUCCGUGAUUCCACGGCUCCAAGACUUGGAUCUCCGUGAGUGGAUGCGCAAUCCCCCGUCUCGCCACUAGGGGGCGUGCAUGCGUGCUCGCACUAAGGCGUGAAGCGCCGCGCUCGUCCCAGCGCCGAGUUUGGGUCGGUCCGAGUGGCGCCCCCCGGCGGUCACUGCGGGAGGAGCAGCGGGACUGCAGGACCGGGCCGUGGUUUGUGCAUUGGAGAUCGGGAAACGGGAACCGAGCUGAAGAAGCAGAGCGCAGCGUGUGUUGCAGCUUGCCCAGGGAAACAGCUCGUCUGGAACAGUAGAGAUUCCGUGUGUUUCAGCAGUGUGUUUUAAAAAUAGAGUUGUUGGAUGACGUGA